AUGUCCAUUCGUAGCUCAUCUUAUGCCGCCUGCAAGGAUUUCAUCGUCAUGGCGCAGCCAUACCCAUACCCACCUAUCCCCGCCGAUUGUGUGGACCGACAAGGGACGCUGCCGGUGGGUUCUAGCCACUCGCCGCGGGAGUCGAGUCUGGUGUCAAGUCGAGGCGGCCGCCAGAGCUCUGCAAGAGGGCUUUGUGACGCUGAGCAAUCAACGCCUGCAUCGCACGCACCACCGCUCGCCGACGCCGUGUCCCUUUAUGUUCAAGACGACCAAGACGACUGGCAACAAACUCUGGGUGUCGAUUUCCGGAUUCAUGAUCGUCUUAUUCAGAAUCGCAAGGAUAUCGAAGCGUCGUGGUUGGAGGGAUAUGUGCCCUCGUUUGGCUUCCUGCGACUGGGAUAUGAUGUCGCCGUGCAUUAUUCCACCAAGACAGUGGUGAGGAGCGGCAAUCCCGUUCGCAAGGAGUUGCUGUGCUCACACACGGAUUCAUUGAUGUGA